AUGGCACCAAUCAAAGAAUUUACCCUCAUUGUUGCUGCGACUAAUAAGAUGGGAGUUGGGAAAGGAGGUGGUCUUCCAUGGACGGGAUUGAGAAAGGAAAUGGCCUAUUUUGCGAGGGUUACUAAGAGGGCUGGUCCUGGGAAAACAAACGCAGUAGUAAUGGGACGCAAAACCUGGGAAUCAAUACCUCCUAAAUUCCGUCCUCUCGCGAAUAGAGCAAAUUACAUGAUUAGUCGGACACAAACUUCCAAUUCUCCGGAAGUUGAUCUCGGUCCCGAUGCACAUUCAGCAACAAGUUUGACGGAUGCACUCGAGAAAUUAGGAUCAAGGGCACAAUCAAAUACGAAUCAUGAGGAUGAAAAAGAAAUUGAUAGAGUUUUCAUAAUUGGUGGAGGACAAAUAUAUAAAGCAUCAUUGGAGUUAAAGGAGGCAAAGAGAAUAUUAUUAACAAGGAUUUUGGAGGAUUUUGAAUGUGAUACGUAUUUUCCUGUUGAGUUGAAGGAGGAUGGAACAGGGAAGGGGUGGAGAAGGACGGAUACACAAGCACUUCGAGAAUGGACUGGGGAGGGAGAGGAAGUUGAGAAUAUCAAGGAGGAGGCUGGUGUGAAAUACAUAUUCGAGAUGUGGGAAAAGGUUGAGGAAUCAUAA